GUCGCUUAGCAACGGCGCGGCUUCUCCGGCGAGCGCCAUGGCGGCGGAGGAGGAGGAGGUGGUGGCCGCGGCCGAAGUGGCCAUUCGCAGCCAGAGGGUCUUUCUAAACCAUUUGGACUCCUACAGCGGCAGCAGCAUCGGGAAGUAUUUAUCUAACUGUGUUGUUGGAGCAUCACUUGAAGAGGUGGGAGAGGAAGAGGAAGAAGAAGAAGUUGAAAUUAUGUCAGCUAUAGAUGUUACUCUCAGUAAACCAAAGGAGGGAGCCUACCAAAUAGUGGGGACUCUUUCUAAGGCACAGAGUAUGAAACCAGAUUUUGCUCAGGAAACUUACACAAUCUCUACUCGAGAAGAACUCCUAGGUCACCUACUUGAGUGUGAUGUCAUUAUUUAUAACAUCACUGAAGAUGCAAAUCAAAUUGAAGAAGCUUCUUGGGCCGCUUCUGCACUACAUGGAGAGGUACUACAUUUUGAGAAACCAAAGUUAUUUAUCUUAGUUUCAACAAUAAUGACAUGGGCACGAAGCAAACCUCUUGACCCAGAUGAUUCAGAAAUUCCUUUUACUGAAGAAGAUUAUCGCAGAAGAAAACCUCACCCUAACUUUAUGGACCAUAUAAAUGCUGAAAAAGUGAUUAUCAAACUUGGAAAAACAAACAAAAACAAAUUUUCAACCUAUGUUGUUGCUUCAGGACUUCAGUAUGGAGCUGAAGAAGGAAUAUUUCACUGCUUUUUUAAGACAGCUUGGCUUGGUGAGACUCCUGCAAUACCAGUUUUUGGUGAUGGAAACAAUUUUCUUCCAACCAUUCAUGUUGUUGAUUUAGCAGCGGUGUUACAAAACAUAGCUGACCAUAGGCCAAGGACUCACUACAUUGUGGCAGUGGAUGAAUCUAUACAUACUCUUCAGGCCAUAGUUAAGUGCAUUAGCAAAAAUGUUGGACCAGGAAAAAUCCAAAAGAUUCCAAGAGAAAAUGCUUUCUUAAGCAAAGACUUAACGCAAACACAUUUGGAUAUGUUACUUGUGAACCUGCGGAUGGAAGCUGUAUUCUUGAAGGAGAACUUCAACAUUAAGUGGGUUGCUCAGACAGGACUGGUGGAGAAUAUUGGGCAAGUCCUCAAAGAAUACAAGCAAAGUCGGGGAUUACUGCCAGUCAAAAUUUGUGUUCUUGGUCCUCCUGCAGUUGGGAAAUCUACCAUUGCUGAAGAACUCUGCAAACACUACAGGCUACAUCACAUUAAAAUAAAGGAUGUAAUUUCUGAAGCAAUAGAAAAUCUGGAGAAAAUUAUUGCUCCUAAAGAAACAGUGGAAACUGAAGAGGUGGGUGAGGAGGGAGAAGAUGAAGAAGAAGAAGAAGGGGACAGUAUAGAAGAGGCACAAGAACUCUUAGAUGGAGUCAAAGAAAACAUGGAGCAGAAUGGAGGUCGUCUAGAUGAUCAGUAUGUGAUUAAAUUCAUGAAAGAAAAGCUAAAGUCUAUGCCUUGCAAGAAUCAAGGAUAUAUUUUGGAUGGGUUUCCAAAGACCUAUGACCAGGCAAAAGAUCUAUUUAAUCUUGAAGAUGAUGUGGAAGAAGAAGAGACAAGAAGCAAAGUGCCUCGAUAUGAUAAAUUAAUCAUUCCUGAAUAUGUUAUUUCGUUGAAUGCCUCAGAUGAAUUCCUAAAAAACCGAGUAAUGAAUCUUCCAGAGAGUGUUGUAGCUGGAACUCAUUAUACUCAGGACCGGUUCUUGAGAACUCUCAGUCUCUUCAGGGAGUUAAAUACUGAAGAUGAGACUGUUCUCAACUAUUUUGAUGAACUUGAAAUACAUCCACAGUUUAUUGAUGUAGCAAAGUUUGAGGAUCCUGAGAACAGAUUUAUUGUAAAAGAGAUCAUCAAAGAAAUUGGAGAACUUCGAAAUUAUGGUUUGACAGAUGAAGAAAAGGAAGAACUAGAAUGCAAAGCAGCCGAGGCACGCCUUGCCAAAGAAGCAGAAGAAAAUGCUGAACAGGAGCGUAAAGAAGCUGAGGAAAGGGCUGAAAAGUUGGCAAACUGGGAAGAGUGGAAUAAACGUCUAGAGGAAGUGAAGAGGCAGGAACAAGAAUUACUUGAAGCCCAGUCCAUUCCUCUAAGGAACUACUUAAUGAAGAAUGUCAUGCCAACACUUAUGCAAGGGCUGAAUGAAUGUUGCAAGAUCAGGCCUGAUGAUCCAGUUGACUUCCUGGCAGAAUAUCUGUUCAAGAACAAUCCUGAAAUGGAAUGAAAGAGUACUGACAGAUGUAAAACCCCAACACAUCAUCACACUAAUGAAAAGGCAGAACAUUUCUAAAAUGAAUUUUACAAAAAAAUUGAUUACAUUGAAACUAUUUUAUUUAUAUUUCUUUGCGUAGUUUUCACUUUGAUUUCUGACAUAUUACUUUUAUAGCUCAUAGUACAGUAGAUAGCUUUGCACUCCACUAAAUACUCUGUUUAUGACCACAUCUUAAUUUAUGCACAUAUACAUCAGACUAUUUAUGCAUAUACCUAUUUGAAAUUGUGGUCCAAAAGAACCCACACCCUAUCAUCAUGGAAGGGCAGCAGUGUUCCUUGCCUCCCAUUCUCUAGUGCAGUUGACAUGAUUAGCACCACUAGCAAAUUAUUUUCUGGUUCUAUAGCACAAUGGAAGAAAGGAACAAGGCUAGGGGAUUCUUUCCCUGAGUCUUUGAAAAGGGGGCAGCUGCUGCUACUGAUAAAAGGAAAGAAACAGGAGGAUCAAGGACUAUCUUUCUACUACUCUCCAAGUGUAAAGCUUUUUCCUCUCCUCUGCUCAUUAGGAGACUAUAAGGCACUAGAAAGGCUUUCAGUCCAGGGGUUUUGAGCACCCUACAUGAGGCAUAGUGUGCAAGGGGUAAUUCUGACCUGGGCUUCACUCCAUCUGCCUGUUACACAAGAGCAGACAGACAGUGGAGCACAAAGUGCUGCCAUUCUGUACCAGAUGUAGAAGCAUACCAAUCAACUAAAGUGACUGGGUAAAUGCCUGGUGAUCCAAUCUGGAUCUGCCCUUAAUUUUCAGUGUUGUUUUGGUAUUAUCAAUAUUCGGUUUAAUAGUCAAAGGAUAGUCAAUAUUUCUGUACCAUUGAAGUUUAUUGCAUUGCUUUAAGAUUCCCAUAGUGGCAGUUCUUGAAGGAGAAUCUAAAGAGUUCCUGGGUUGGUCACAGUUAGUUUCUCAACAAUAGUUGGAUGGCUUUCAUUUGGUUAUUUUGAUUUUGUAUUGACCUAAUGUAUAUUGUCAAAGAAAAGGCCAAAUAAACCAUCUAUCUUGAGCUGA